UAUAAUCUGUGUCUCUGUUUUUGUGAAGACUGUGUCCAAGAAUCUUUGCUCAUAUUGUUUUUCCAGGUAAGACCAUGAACCCCAACAUGCUCUUUCACAAUGCAGCCUCUAGCAUCAUCUGCCAAGUUCUGUUUGCUCAGCAGUUCGACUAUGAAGAUGAGUUCAUGAAGUUUUUUGUCGGCCUUUUUCAUGCCACCUCCAAAAUGAUCAAUGGCCGCUGGGGUUUGAUUUAUGACUCUCUUCCCAUGGUGCGCAGCCUGCCACUGCCCUUCCAGAAAGCUUUUAAGCUGUUCAGGAUUGCACAUGAAAAACGUAUGGAGAUGUUGGCUGAGAACAAAAAGACUAGAGUUCCUGGUAAACCACGGCAUUUCAUAGACUGCUACCUGGAUGAACUGGAGAAGAGAGGAGAAGAUGCCUCGUCAUUUUCUGAAGACCAGCUUUGUGCAUUUCUUUUGGAUCUUCACUUUGCGGGGACAGAUACCACCGCCAACACCCUGCUCAGUGCCUUCCUAUACCUAAUGAAUUAUCCAGAGAUACAGGGUAUGUCUGUCUUAUCAUCUGUCCAUCUCAACUUUAUUUAGCUAUGCUCCAAAGAUUCAAUGCGUUCUCAUUCCAAACUCAUCAAAUACCACCGCUUUGUCAUUGAUCUGGGCAUUAGAUACCAAUGCACAAAGGCACGUCAAAUACUAGUGCUAUGUCAGUGGACAUGAAACGCAAGUGCCGUCAGUAACAUUGUAACAUAAGAAGCUGGAAAAUUCCUACAGGAUGGGCGGGUUGGAGAGGAUCAGGAGGGGAG